CAGAUGUCCUAAACCGCUCACAUUGGACUAGAGAAAGUCACACUCACUUGAUCUACUGUUGUAACAGAAGAAGACGAUACACACAAUAUACACCAGGAUGACGGCCAUUGGGAGCAAAGAGGAGAUCAGUGACAGUGACAGCGGGAUUAUCUUGCACUCGGGUCCAGACAGCCCCUCACCCCCCCUCAAGGACCUGACCACGCACACCAGAGCCCUCAAACUAAAGCACCAGUCUCUGGAGGAGCGUCUAGAGCUCUGUCUGCUGGAGCUCAGGAAGCUGUGCAUCAGGGAAGCUGAGUUGACUGGUAAACUGCCCUCAGACUAUCCUCUCAUGCCUGAUGAGAAGCCGCCCCACAUCAGAAGGAGGAUUGGAGCUUCCUUCAAGCUGGAUGAAGGUCUAAUCUAUUUGGAGAAAGAGGAUUCCGAACUGCAAGGGCUGGAAACCGAGCUGGCUCUUCAGCGGCAGAUUUACGAGGCAGCGCGGAAACUUUCGCUGGAGGACAACCUGAGCAAGCCCCAGAAAAAGAGCCGGGCCCAGCAGUGCAAGAGGGAGGAGAAGAAGGUGAAGGAGCUGCAGGAGGUUGUGUUCCAGCACAGGAUCAGGAGCGAGUGUAGCUCCCCAUCCACCAGCGUCACCACCUGUCCAAGGAAUGCAGAUCUAAAUAUGUCUGAUGACAGCUCCCUGUCUGAUGUGGUGGCCCUGGAUGACGAUGUGGACUCCCUCGGUCCCGUCGCCCCUUCUGGGUCCAUCCCAGACCAGCUUCAGAUGCCACCUGCUAAGAUCGGGGAGUAUGAGCCCUCUCCCAUUCAGAACUCUCCCUGGAAGGAGUCCAGUCUGGACCAGCCCUAUCAGAAGGAUGCAAAGCCUCCAUCUGUUGGCAGCAAUGGGCCCAGUCAUGCUGCAGGAACACAGGUCUCAGCAGCCACCAACAGAAUCCCUCUCUCACAGUUUAUUAAAAACUCAGCACUUCGUCACAAUCACUCCACCAGCGCCCCCGCUACUCCAGAGCUGCACGUGCGCCGACAGUACUCUCAAUCCUUCAGGCUCCCCAAAAGUAAGGCAUGGGGUGACAAGGAGCGCCUCAGCCUGGAGAAUCUGAAAGGCCGAGGCCGUCUGCCCCAGAGACACCGUGCAGCCGACUUUAUUGUACUGUCCCCAGAGGUGUCCCCCUUACAUCCGUACCAGUCCACUUCUGAGGACAGCGCCUCCGAGCAUUCGUCUUCGUCCUCCAUGAGCUCACCAGGCAGGGAUGAACUCCCGGAGAUCCCCAAGCUCUGCCCCCCACCUUAUGGUUUCCUUUUUGGAGUGCCCAAGAAAGGUCUGCCGGGGGACUCGCAGAAGAACAAUCAGGGUCAACCUACUCCUGGUGCCCCGCUCUCCUCCCCACCCGGGAUCCUCAGCAGCCCUCAGCAAAGACAGAGGCCAGAGGGAGCAUUAUCACCUGCCAGGAGGACACCCAAGCUUCCGCCUCCUUACACCCUUGUGGCACGAACGCCCUCACUGAAGGAGUACCCCCCCCACACCUUCCGUACCAUGCCCAGGGAGGUCGUGUCUGAAGAGCUCAAGUCCUGGCACCAGCGUAGUCAGAACCCCAACUCUGUAGAGCAGCAGAACCCCACCUCACCACACAUGCCUCCAUUUAAUCAGGUUGGUAUGCAUUCAGCAUUCUUUAUUGCCGUCAAUACUUAUUUAGGAUUUACUAGUGUACAGUGUCAGAGAGGAAUACGUAUACUUAUUUAUUAUCAUAAUAGAUGAAUACUUAGUCUUUAUUUAUUAUCAUAAUAGAUGAAUACUUAGUCUCUAUUUAUUAUCAUAAUAGAUAAAUACUUGGUCUCUAUUUAUUAUCAUAUAGUAGUUUUGUAUGUAUUAGAAUUAUUACCCCAUGACACUAUACAGGGUUAUUGAAUUCUUUCAGUUUUCAAGCAUUGUCAUGGAAGGAGUCAGUGAAUUCCUCCUGUUCCUCCCCCACCAGUGGUCGGAAGGGGGCCCAGUAGCUUUGCUCUUUGCUCUUCUUUGCUCAGUCUAGGAUCCCCAGACCUCAUCAUGUGGGAUUCUUUUCUUGUGGGCACAUGUUAAAGAUCUCCCAAACCUCCAUGACCUUAGACAAUGAAUAACCUCAUCAAUCAUCUGGCUGUUGGCCAAGCUGCAGAUGUUGGCCACAUGGAAAUAAAACUUGAUUAUGAGUAGAAUACCUGGAUUGAGUUUUCUAUUGCGUUUCCUUAAAGGGGACCUGUGAUGCUUUUUCCACCUUUCUAACCUAUAAAUGUAGUUAGAAUGUUGUAUUCUGGUGUUAAACCAUGCCAAAGGUUCCGAUGAUGAGGUUUAGGGAUUUGGAAGUGAGCACUGAAAGAAGUUUGGGAUGGCUCAAAACGCUCGCUUUCAGAAGGUGUGGUAAAACUGUUUCUUUGUGACAACACAGAUGGGCAGACUUCCUUAUAUGGGCAUGGCUGUAAGACAGAUAUGCUCUCUGCCCUCCUCCAAAGGCUGCUCCGCUGUUUACUUGCUAACAAUGCCUUAAAGGGCCUUUUGUUCCAAUUCCUAAAGACGGCACCAUCAUCAAGUGGUUGCAAAAGCAAAAGAAAUCUAUUUUAAUCUGUCAAGGGCAUUUCACACUGACACAAACUGAUACAAAGGGCCCAAAAAGGCGCAUAAUAGGUCCCCUUUACUGCAAUAUUGCAUAAUGAAACCAUUCAUUCUUUUGAAUAACACUGUAUUAUCAAGAGGAGCCUAUGCCUCCCGGACACCUCGCUGGUGAGGUGUUGUGGGCAUGCCCAGCCUGGAGAAGGCCCUGUGGAAGACCUAGGACACGCUGGAGGGAGUAUGUCUCACAGCUGGCCUGGGAACACCUCGGUGUCCUCCUGGAGGAGCUGGAGGAGGUGGCCGAUUCAUUCAAAGAACGAAUAAAGAACUCCUCUGAGGAAAUACGUCACUGAUAAUAAUAAUAAUAAUAAUAAUAAUAAUAGAAGUGUUUAUCAAAUGUCACUAAAGGAUUCUUGGACAUCAUGUUCUCUCUGAUCUUCUUGUAGGGUUCAGGUAAUCUAGUUCUCCAGAGAGCUGCAGAUGGGACCCCCAUCCAGUGGUUUGUUGCAGAACAUGCAGAAAUUGUGAGCCAGGUGUAACUGUGACUGACCCCGCCCCCACGGUGUGUUAUUCCCACCUAUGCUACUACUUCCUGUAUUAGAGGCUGCAGUUAUUGGACUCUCUAUGAGAAUGACAGAAUGAUGAUGAUGAUGCACCCUUUUUAUUGCAUAAUUUAGAACGUAACGUCAGGCGACGUGCCAAUGUUAUUUAUUUGACAUGCUUUUCUAGUAGAUGCGAGGUGAAGCCGUAGAAGAACGGGUCACGUCGUUAGAAGGAGAACUCCUGUGGCCGACACACACUUUGCACAAAGGGGUCACCCCCAGUUGCUUCUCCGCUCCUAAUAUCAUUUUUAUAUUUAUCUACUAUUUAAGCUUUGCUGCUCUACGUAAGACUACUAGAGGUUUGGUUCAUAUACGUAGUUAAGAUUUAACAAGUUGAAUGUCGAAAUGAAGAAUGUAUUCUUCUCCCUGAUGCCUUUAAGAGUGAUGUGGUGAUGGUGAUGGUGAUGGUGAUGGCGAUGGUGUCACUAAGCAGGUGAUUGUAUUGUUUUAUAGAUUUUCUAUUAAAGGAUUGCAUUGUGGUGUGUGUUUCUUUAAAUGCCAACUCCACACCAAAGCGUCCACAUGGCAAGGUUCCAUUUGUGUACAUAAAGAGCCUUGCAGACUCACAGGGGGAGUUCCAGCUUCCUUCUUAAAGUCACCGGGUCCAGAAGCGGAGGUCAAGGUUUGGGCCCCCCCCAUGAAGCAUCCACAGGAUGCAGAUGCAGCUUAUGGUGGAGAGAAGCACACAGAUGGAGAUGCAGGAGAGCAACCGGCUACACAGAGGGCGUGGCCACCCUCGUGGCCCAUCUCUGGAGACGACAAAUAUUCAUAUCAUAUUUUUAAUAAGAAUUUAUCGAGCAAAAAGCUGGCUUACCUGCCUGAAGAGACCCCCCAGCAGACAUUUGUUCCUUUUUUCUGUUUAUCAGUCUUUUUCCUGGAUGAAGCAGCUUUGCUUUUGCGUGUCUGUAUUGUUGAGUCCUGUGUGCUCCUGAAA